AUGAACCAAAAACCAGGAGACUCUGCAAACAACAGGCACAAGACGGCAGUGUGUCUCUGUGUCUGUGUGCUGGUGUCCAAUGCGCGCGGACCGGCGAUGGUUUGGUCCAACGGGAGCACGAGCGGCUGCUGCGGAUCUCCGGGGUAUCUCUCGGACUCCGAGCUGAACCUGAGCCCGACCGGACACUCGGUGGUGUCUGCGUGUCUCGGGCUCAUCGCCUCCUUCGGCUUUGUGAGCAAUCUUCUGGCACUCGUGCUGUUCGGCCGCCACAAGGCGCUGCGCUCUCCCAUCAACCUGCUGCUCAUAAACAUCUCAGUGAGCGACAUGCUCGUGUGCGCGCUCGCCACACCGUUCAGCUUCGCCGCCAGCACGCGCGGACGCUGGCUGGCGGGACGCACCGCGUGCGUGUGGUACGGUUUCGCUAAUUCACUCUUCGGCAUCGUGUCGCUCAUGUCCCUGGCUGUGCUUUCCUACGAACGCUACUGCACCAUGACGUGUCCUUCUGUGCCCGACGUCACCAACUACAGGAAGGUUGCAGCAGGAGUCAUUCUGUCCUGGGUCUACUCCCUCGUCUGGACUCUUCCACCGUUAUUCGGAUGGAGUCGCUACGGACCGGAGGGCCCUGGGACGACCUGCUCGGUGGACUGGAUGUCCAAGACGGCCAACAACAUCUCCUACAUCAUCUGCCUCUUUGUCUUCUGCCUCAUCGUCCCGUUCCUCGUCAUUGUUUACUCUUACGGGAAGCUGCUGCAUGCUGUCAAACAGGUGAGCCGCUUGAGGACGUCCACCAGCCAAAAGCGGGAGCACCGCGUCCUCUUCAUGGUCAUCACAAUGGUGCUGUGCUACCUGCUCUGCUGGCUCCCAUACGGUAUCAUGGCCCUGGUGGCUACGUUCGGAGUUCCGGGUGUGGUGACAGCCGAGGCAAGCAUCGUGCCCUCCGUCCUGGCCAAGACCAGCACCGUAAUCAACCCCAUCAUCUACAUCUUCAUGAACAAGCAGUUCAACAGAUGCUUCCGAUCUUUACUCAAAUGUGAAACGCCCCAACAAAGCUCUGUUUUGAAGAGUUGGUCGAAAGCAAACAAACCCGGGAGAUGCCUCGACAACAACCUCGACCUCGUGGCUGGUUCAGGAGAUCACAGAUCAGUAGCUGUCAGUUCGUCCAAGAGCAACAAGCAGAAUCCGUCGACAGAUUCGCCCGGACGUCCGGCGCUGUCCCUCGUGGCUCAUUACAACGGCUCGUACUGAGUAAGACUUUGCAAUGCGACACACAAACCUCCUGUUUUGUAAAAAUUUUACCUCAGGCUGUGCUUGAGACCCAGAACUCGUAUGCGGUACUACACAUACCUCAAACUGAAAAAAUAAUAAAAGCCAACGCUUACAACUGAUCACCUUAAUUUCUUUAUCUGAUCUGUGCAGCUAUUUGUGCCAUAGCUGAUAAAAAAAAAAAACAUUCUGCAAUCAUACAGCUUGGGUCUUUUUUCCUCCCAAGAAACUUUUUAUAAUAUUAUUUGUCAUAUCUUCUUCUCUCAUUCUUUGAAGAACAUGGAGCAGGUUUUUCUACACCACGGACUGCAGGAGUUUUUAAAAAUCGAAGAAAGGAAUAUUACAACUUUCUAAAUGCCUGGCAAAAAAUCUAUAUAUUUAUUACAACAUCAGUCACGACUGCGUUCUUCUCAGCUCUCGAAUUCAUAUCGAGGAGAGGUUUAUAUUCAGCGCUAUAUUCAGUUAAAUGGGUCAGAUGUUGAAGCUAAUGGCGUCUGAUAUCACACAUAAUAACUGUAAAUUAAGGACUUGUCUGUUUUAUUGCUGCAGGAAUUAGAGCGGGAUUAAAGUAUAAACGUCGAUCAGCCAUGAGAUUAGCACCACUGACAGGUGACGUGAAAAAGAUGGCACCUGUCGAUCGAGACGUGCGAUACAUUAGGCAGUGGUCAGUUCUCUGAGUUAACGUACUGUAAAGGUCUGAGGGACUUUGACCGUUUGUGAUAGAUAGACGACUGGGAGCAUCAGUGCAGCUCCUAAACAUCAGGUCUUGUGAGGUGUUCCUGGUACACUGUGGCUGGUACGUACCAAAAGUGUUCCAAGUAAGAACAACUGAUGAACCAGAGAACGUUUGCUUGGGGCACUUACUGUACAUAGGGAACCCUCCAUCAUCCAUCCAUCCAUCCAAUUCAACCUGGAAGUAUAGUUGGUUUAAUAAGAACAUUUGUUCUGGAAAUUUCCAGAUACUAAAAAAAAAAAUAUCACAGCAGGCUUCUAGGCCGAGGGGUUCUCUUUGUUAUAGGCCUUUUAAACUGAGCAUGCAGUCUUUUUAUACAAAGUUAUACAGUAAACAAGUAAACAAGAAAAACACGAACGGACGGACAUAUCCGUAGAAAAAUAUUCAUAUAAGAUCCAUUUUUGAGUCUUUUGACUUCAAUUUUUUUUAGUGAAAGCCAAGACAUGUGGCUGUGACCCUGAGUUGUUGUUUACCUCCCAUCAUUAAAUACAGCAAUGUAUGUAAUCGUUUACAUUUACAGCAUUUGGCAGACGCCCUUAUCCAGAGCGACGUACAUAAGUGCUUAAAUCUCUAACAUUGUACACAUUAAUGCUGGU